UUUCAUAUAAUUGCGCCCCUAGUGCCAGUUAUCCACCAAGCAACACAGAGUUCGUCCUGAAUCAAGAUUUUAAAAUCGCCCUCGUCAAGUAGUCGACGUUCAUUAAAGUUCGACUGUCGAUUUGGGAGCGUCAUUUGUGGACUGCCAACGAAGCGAGCCCAUUCGACUUGUGGAUGUUACUGAGUCUAAAAAGAGUCUCUCACCGAUUUUCUUGCGCAUGUCGAUGUUAAACGGCCUUUUUGUGUGAUCACCCAAGAUCCCCUACAUCUAGACGCGAAUCGUUAAGAACGCCUGGUGUGCGCCGAGAAGAAUUUAAAUCACGGGAGGACAGUGUUUUUAAAAACGAAUAUUUUUAUACCAGAACUGUAUUGCGUGUGUGUUGUAUAAUAAUAAUAGAAACAACAAGCUCCUUUCAGUGCCGAAAUGUCGGAUAAAGAGCAUGGUGGUGGCGACGCGUUAGCCGCGUCCUGUGGCUCCAAGGAGAGGCAAGACGAAUUGCCUGAAGGAACAACUCCUGGUAAGACGGUACAAACGGAAGAACAGCUGGACGGCCACGUUGAUCUGUCCUCGGAGGAGCGACAGAUCAAGUUGGCUACGGAAGCCGGCAGGGCCGAGCUUAUCGCAGAGAAACUACGAGGGAAGGUCAGGUGGUAUAAUUCACGCUUGUGUUACGGUUUUAUCGAACGAGACGAUACAGGCCACGAGCUCUUCGUUCAUCGCAACUCAAUUGUCAUGGCACCCGAAGAGUUGAUCUUCCUUAAACCACAAACACCUGUUCUCUUCGAUCUGUGGACUCUCUCAGAUGGUCGUCUGGAGGCACAGAACGUUCGAGCUGCUAACGGAAAGCCAAUAUCCCUUCGAGACGGGAAGCUGCUUCCAAGAGCAGCCUGUCCGCAUGAUGAUCUCUACAAUUCGUUCCGAUCGCAGCAGCCGUUCGGUGCCUACGGCGGAGGAUGUAGCGGAGUGCCCCAAUACUGUCUGUGCUGCUCGCGACCACUUGACUACAUCAGAUUUCGUCCCGAGUCAGCUCAUUACAUGGACGCGAUAUUUUCUGAUUUACAUGACGUUUGGGAACCUCGAAGCGAGAUUUCGUCUCCCCAUGAUGCCUAUAUUCCCCAUCACAGACACCAUUAGCACUACUCAUCUAAAAAAAGUAAUGAAACAGUGGGAAAUCAAGGGCCUUUUUGUGCGUAACCUGUCCUCGUUUUUCUCACUGGAACAACGUGCUUAGCAGCGGCAAACGAGCUGUCCGUCGAGAGGUGCUUUGCUAUGUACCGUUCGUCUUAGCUUUUCUUUCUGCAGCCGCUUCUGAAGUCAAUAUAUUCAAUAAAAAUAAAAGCGGAAGAAUCGUAUGGGUCAUGUAUGCAGAUAACUGAGUCUCGUUUUUGGUGUCUUGUUUAGCUUAGUUCAGUAUCCUGUGCAACAGUAGUCACCAAGUCACGACUCAGAUGACUGCUGUCAAAUAUCAGAGAACAACACAGCAGUUAAUCUCUGUACUGGCGAAUAAUGAAGUAAUUUGUACUCUUUAUGGCUUGUAAUUAACAGGACUAAUUGUUAUUGCAUACUUGCUUGGAACUAGCUAUUUGUAAAACUGGAGCGAGGGUCAUUAUUCCACGAUAUUUUCCCAUGGGACAUUUAUACGUAACGUCCAUAGCGCAAUGCUCACGUUGCAAAGUACACUCGUUCCGCAA